AUGGGGUUUCCCGUUGGAUACACGGAGCUCCUCCUGCCCAAAUUCCUAAUCCACACGCUCUCCCUCCUGUCCUUCCUCCGGCGACUCAUCAACGCGCUCUUCCGCGUCAUCGGACUCCCCGAUUUCCUCGAACCCAACAUCUCCUGGUCGCCGCCGCCUUCUUCUUCUCCCGACGUUGACUCCUUCGCGCCGCGGUCGCCGGUCGGCGGCGGUGGGUUCCCGGAGUUCCAGCGCUCGGUGUCGGCGGUGCUGAUCCGCGAGAUCCUGCCGGUGGUGAGGUUCGGCGACCUGGUGGACCCGCCGGAGAGCUGCGCGGUGUGCCUGUACGACUUCGAGGCGGAGGACGAGAUUCGGGGGCUGGCGAAUUGCCGCCACGUAUUCCACAAGGGGUGCCUCGACCGGUGGAUGGGAUACGACCGGAAGACGUGCCCGCUGUGCCGGACGCCGGUGAUUCCGGAGGAUAUGCAGGAGAGCUUCAACGAGAAGUUCUGGGCGGCGUCCGGGAUCCCCGAUUUUUACGGCGAGUUCUCGCAGAUUGCUAGCUAG